AAAAACAAAAAAAAAGUAAAACAAAAAAUUGAACCCAAAAAAAUAAUCCACAAGGAAAACAUAAAAACACAGCGGAGGUCACCAUAUUAGCAUCAUGUUUAUUUAAUAAACUAAUAUGAUUCUGCAGAUUUUUUAUAUGAGGGAAUUUAAUAUUUGUUUACAAUCGGCUAUUUAACUCGUACAAUAAAUAUACGUCAACUGAGAAUGUUUAAUUGCUUAGAUUGUUUGUGUAACAAUAUAAGAAAUGUUUGUUAUUACUACAAUCGUAAUUUUCAAUAUAUUUGUGUUACAGUUGAAAAACAACAAAUCUGUGCUAUUUUUCUGGUCGGAGCUGUAAUAUUUUUUGCCUGCCACUGACUCAUGUUCCAUUGAUAAGAGGAAGAAAUACGGGGAUAGAGGGGAAAAAAACUAGAAGAACAAAUUAGGAAAAGGAUUGCGGAAUGUCCUAAAAUAAACAAACAAUAAAUCGCCUUAUCAGUUCAAUACAUUUUUGUUUAUGUUUUUCUCUAGCUGCAAAUAUCAAACGAUAACAUAAAUAUACAAAAAGAAGCCAAGAGGAAAUCAACAAGCAACACGAAUUUGAAAAAACCCUGGAAAAAUCAAGAAGAUAAUCAUUCUACAUAUUUGAUGAUAUACCUUUAAGUAUCAAUUAAUCCAGAAAAAGCAGUAGCAGUACUAUGGUAAUAUCGGUCGGAACGAUGGGCCUUGUGCCGCAGCUACAUCGAAAGUUUGCAACAUAUCGCAGGCUGUAAAGAAAUAAAAUUGCAACGCGAAAUUGCAGAUAGACCCAAGGAUACAAUCGAUAUAUAUAUUGAAGAGGAAAACCCGGGGUGAAGCACCACCCCCGCCCACCGCCACACAAAUGAGGGUGCCACCAACAGGUUGACCACCUUAUAAACAAAACAAAACAAACAAAAUAACGUAGUAAUAAAAAAAAACCAACCGCACGACAAAUAGAAAAGGCAAUAACAACAGAAACCACCAAGCCACUAAGCCAGCCAUCAAAAGAGAUAGAAAAAAAAACAAAAAAAAAAAGGCGAAAUACGAAAAGUAAAAACCCCUGAUAACCCCCUCAAAAACCGCCUGGAAAACCACUAGAAGCCCGCUACAAAAUGUUACAAAACUCGAACGCCGCUGCCGCAGCGCAUUCGGCAGCUCAGGCGGCCUCGGCGGUGGCGACUCCGGCAGCGGCGGCGGCAGCAGCGGCAUCGGCGGCAGCGGCUGCCGCGGCGGCAGCAGCAGCAGCAGCGGCGGCCAACAACGCGGCACUGGCGGCCUCCUCCAUCCAGCCCAAGCUCAUCGUCAUCCGACGGCGGCCGAACCAGGGAUUCGGUUUCACGCUGCGCCACUUUAUCGCCUAUCCGCCGGAAGAUGACCAGGCAUCGGCAACGGGAUCUGGAUCGGCGGCAGCAGCGACGACGGCGGCAUCGACAUCGGCCGGCUGGCCACAGGAAGCCUCCAGUAUGGCCGGCAGCAGCAGCGGCAGCAGCAGCAGCGUCGGCGUCGCCGGGAUCACCGGUUUGGAGCCAACGUCGCCGACGUCGCUGCCGCCGUACCAAGUGAAAGCGAUGGAGACCAUUUUCAUCAAAGAGGUGCAGGCGAACGGACCGGCCCACUACGCCAACCUGCAGACGGGCGACCGCGUGCUGAUGGUCAACAACCAGCCGAUCGCUGGCAUCGCCUACAGCACCAUCGUCUCGAUGAUCAAGCAGACGCCGGCGGUCCUCACGCUGCACGUGGUGCCCAAGGAGUGCGAUGUCCUGCAGAUGCACUAUACGAGCAUUGCCCACACACCAGAGUCGAAUCGCCUGACCAUGUCGACGCACUCGCCCUCGCUGCUGGCCAAUGGCUCCCACAAGACCACAUUUCCAGCAGCAACAGCAGCAGCAGUUGCAGCGCCACCGCAGCAACAUCAGCAGCAACAUCAGCAGCAACAGUUGAUCUCAUAUCCCGCUGUUGCAGCCGUGACCACAUCAUCGCCGUCAGGAUCGCCGCACUCGCAUUCGCACUCGCAUUCACAAUCGCAAUCGCACUCGCAUCCCAACAACUCCCAUCAUGCGCCAUCCCUGCACGGAGGCAGUCGAUCGGGCAGCAUCACCAGCACGGCUAGCGCAGGCAUCACCAUCCUGAGUCACCAGUUCUACCCACAACAACAGCAGCAGCAGCUACAGCAGCAGCAGCAGCAGCAACAGCAGCAACAUCGUCAUCCGGCGCUGACUGGCGGCAGCAGCAGCAUCGAUUUCGGGGACAUGGCACAUGGACUGCGGCAACAUCAUCAGCAGCAGCAGCAACAGCAGCAGCAACAGCAGCAACAUCUUUACCAGCAGCAGCAACAUCAUCAUCAGUUCAUGCGUGCCAAUCAGCCGCCAAAUUUAACAGUAUUAUCGGCCAGUUCGGCAACGACCACGCCCACACCCACGCCCACCGCCCGCCAGCCCAAAUGCGCGACGACGGCCCUCAGUCAGGCGUUAUAUGCAGCCAGUGCGGGACCAAAUUCAGCCACCGGUUCGGGAUCGGGAUCCGUAUCCCUUUCGGGUGGCAGUGAGAACAGCGACCUGAUGAUCCGACUGCGCGAAUCGAUCAAGCAAAAGGAGGAGUUCCUCAAGUCGCCGGUGCCCGCAUCCUUGUCCUCUGCCACCGCCUCCGCCUCCUCGACCAAUGGCAAUCAGCAGGCGCAAUCCUCAUCGCCGGCACAGCAGCAACAUCUGCAGCAGCAGCAUCAGCAGCAGCACUUCUUUCCCUCGCACACGCCGCCAGGUGGAGUCCAGGUGGUGGUCCCUCCGCCACGCAGUCGCCACCAAGUGCUCCUAAAACAGCAACAACAACAACAUCAGCAACAGCAACAGCAGCAGCAGCAACAACAACAACUUCAUCAACAGCAGCAACAUCAUGUCCUUGGCUUCGACAUGUACUAUUCCGGUGGUAAGCUGGUGCAGCGAUCUUCCACGGCUCCCGGCAGUGUGAGCCACCAUCACCAACUGCAACAGCAACAGCAACAGCAGCAACUUCAUCACCAACAGCAACAUCAGCACAUGCAGCAGCAGCAGCAACAUCGCCAGGUGAUGAUCAACAACAAUGCCAAGUAUGCCAAGGAUCUCGAUUAUUUCGAGACAUUGCAGGAAACAGGAGUCACCAAUAAGGUUUUCGAGCGCAAAUUGGUGUCGCACAUGUCCAAGGGUUUCGAUCCCUUCAAGCCGCUGUCGAUCAACACCAGUGCCCUGGAGUCAUCCGCCAGCACGUCGAGCACUGCGGCCACGUCGACGGUGAAGAAGCAAAGCGUGCUCUACGAGUCCCUGCAGCAGCAUCCGCUGGCCAAAUACCAUCAGACACAGCAUCAAACGUCGUCGACGAUGACGACGAUGACGAUGUCGACGACGACGACAACGUCGACGGUGGACGGACAGGCGAGCAGCCGCAUGGAGCUGCACAAGGCGACGCUGGCGAAUGCCACCAUCGAUCCGGUGCCAGUGGCAACCAGCAGCAAGUUUGUGGCGAUGUCGGAUAAGCCGCCCGCGGGUUCCUCCGUUGCCACCUUGGCGGACAUUGCCGAGAGCAGUGCUGCAGCCAUUGUGGACUGUGCUGUGGGCAGCGGCAACGUUGUGCGACGCUACAAACCAUUAUCCUCCAGCUCCUUUGACGAGGGCAAACCGAUGCGCAGGAUCUCCUAUCUUCGCGCCACCAACAAUGAGGCCGAUUUCAAUGCGGACGCAGCAGCUGGCGGAGAUGCUGCUGCAGCAGGAUCGGGAUCGGGAUCAGCAGGAGUAGCAUCCGUUGCAUCAGGAGUGACUUCAGCUGCAUCUGCUUCUUCAGUCGCUCCUACACCUGCAUCCGCACCCGCAACCGCACCGCUGCCCAUUUCGAUACCCAUUCCCAUUCCCAAUCCGGUGGCUGCCGUCGUGGAGCCGCAGAAGACGAAAUCCCUGGUGGAGGAGCAUCCGGAUCCCACCUACGAUGUGAUCGGAGGCACUGGCGGCGGUCACGAGUUCAUCGAGACGCCCAACGGCCUGGAGGAUGUGCGUCUGUCGGCCCACGGAAGUCGCAGGGCCUCCAUGAGCAGCGACAUGCGUAGCAGCAUACACAUCGAUGCCGAGCUGAAUGGCAAAUAUGUGCCCAACGAACUGGAGGCCUUCGAAACGGAGAUUGAGAUCAAGUCCUCUUGCAUCAACGGAAAGCGCAUGUCCGAGUACCGAUCGUGGCGUCAGGUGAAGCUGGAGAUCAAGGGCGAUCUGCUGCGCAUCUACUCAGGCCGUCAUGCCAAAUCGGAGCACAAUGUGAUAGAACUCGAUAUUAGAAACUUUAAGUUCUUCGACGAGUCGCUGGACAAGAAGAAGUACUUGAUCCGCAUGCAGUCGAAGCCAUCGCCCAGUGGCGCCCACUUGGCCUCGCUGGGCAACGAGUUGAACCUGGAGGAGGGUCAGGGUGACAAGCUGUUGACCUCCUCGGGCAGCAGCAAUGCCAACGAGCCCGCUCAGCCGAACUCAGCUUCGACUACAGCAUCGGCCCUGACCACAUCCACCUCCUCGUCCAGCUGCAGCAGCGGUCCCUACACGGAGAUCCUCUUCAAGACCAAGAGCAGCAACGAGAUGAAGCGUCUGUUCGGUCUGCUCCAGUGGAAGGACAGCCUCAACUACGACGACAAUGAGCACCAUCAGCAUCAGCAGGGCAGGCAAUUGGCGGAACCGCAGAAGACAGUGGCCAGUGCCAGCUAUUUGGAUGAUGCACAGGCUGGAGGAGCAGCUGCUGCCGCGGACAGUUCGCCCCUCAGUUCGCAUUCGGGUGGCAUUGCCGAGGCCAGCGGUGGCCAUCAUCAUGUGUCGGCUCUGCCAGCGGCGGCGGCCAUUGUGGCGGCCACCAGCGACUCCAUAUCGCCGGUGAUGAAGGCGAGGAAAUCGUCAUCGCACAAACACAUACCCGACAAGGAUUUGGGUUCGCCAAAAUCAAAGAACUGGAAAGAUUUGCUCUUUCGUCGCGGUGGUAGUGGUGGCAGUGGCAGUGGCAGUGGUGGCGUCUCCCAUCAUGACUUGGCCUCGCCAUCCGGUUGUGGGGCGAAGCAGAUCGGUUCCAUUGGCGUUCCGCUGCGCAGCUGUCCGAUGUCAAAGGUGAAUGCGUAUGUGCCGCACCUGGUGGAGGUGUGCACGAACAUUGUGGAGACCAAAGGCCUGGGCGUGGUGGGCAUCUAUCGCAUACCGGGCAACAAGGCGGCCAUCUCGGAGCUGUCCGAGCUGGUCAACAACAAGGACUUCCAGUUCGAGAGCUGUGCCAGCGACGACCGCUGGGAGGAUGUGAACGUGGUGAGCAGUCUGCUCAAGCUCUUCAUCCGCAGCCUGCCGGAUGCCCUCAUGCCGGCCAGCUACUACAUCAAUUUCAUCGAGGCGGACAAGAAGUUCGGCCUGGAGCGUAUCGUCCUGCUGCGUGAGAUUGUCGAGUCGCUGCCCCGCCAUCCGUACGAGACAAUGAAGCACUUGAUCCGGCACUUGUGCCGGGUGAGCGGCAAUUGUGAGGUCAAUCGCAUGGAGCCCAAGAAUUUGGCCAUCAUCUUCGGACCCUCGAUUAUCCGCACGCCGAACGACACGCUGGAAACGGCGGUCAAGGACAUGAAGCAUCAGUGCCGCAUCGUCGAACUGCUGGUCACUCAGUAUGAGUACUUCUUUGAGGGCGGCAGUCUGCCGGAUUUGGCGGAGGUGAGCGGUGGCUCGGCCGCCGUGAGUGCCGCCCAGCCGCAGCAGCAGACGCAGGAGGAUCAGACGAGCAUGCUGCUGCACAACCUGUCCAAAAUCGAGCGGAUCACGGAGCGGGAGACGACGCGCACAUCGCGUUUCAUGCCCCAAUUGAGGCGGAAGACGCAUGGCAAGCGGAGCGCCGUCAGCUCGGACACGUAUUCCGGCGAGAGUGUUCUGGUAAGCGGGUGCUCCUCCACCAACAACACCACCACCACCACAACCACCACCACCCACACCACAAGUAGUAGCACAAGUAGUAGCAAUACAAUCACCACAACCAUCAGCACCACCACCAUACAGCAGCGACGGGCGCAGCGCAAGGCUGUGCAGAGCAUUUGCGAUCAGGCUCUAAUCCUGCUCCUGCCCACACCCGUUUCCUCCGUCUCUCUUCCCUUUCAGUCGCUGGACUACGCCAAGGUGUCCGCCUCGGCCUCCGCCUCUGCCAGCAGUACGGCCAGCACUUCGAGCAGCUCAACGCUUCACAGCGGUGGCGGUGGUGGCGGUGGUGCAGGCAAAGCAUCCGCCGCAUCCUCAUCAUCGAGUUCCACCACCAAGUUCAGCUCAUCGUCGUCGUCGUCGUCGUCGGCCACCACCAGCACGGCAGUGGCCGUAUCGUCAUCCAUUUCGGCCACAUCCUCCAAGCUGCUGAGUGCCAAUUUCAAGAAGCGCAGCACUGGCGGAUUCCUCAGCUCGAGCCGAUCCUCGCACCAGGCGCACCAGACGACGCGCAAGGCCAGUCUGGAUGAGAAGGACUCGGGUCAGUCGUCGGGCAGUCUGGGUCACGGCCUGGGCGUGGCCCUCAAUUUGGCCAAGGAGCAGCAACGCAGCAGCGUCGACAUCUCGAUACUGCUGACGGACGACGAUUCGAGCAGCAGGCUCAGUGAUACGGGUUCCAUGUCGCUGACAACCAUCACGGACACGCUGGACAGCAAGUUGCGCAACCUGCGCAGCGGAUCCGAGUCGAACGAUGAGAACGGUUCACCCGACUUCCCCAAGAAUCGGCGGCACACGCUCGGCCAGCCGUUGCAUCUGCACUCCGAGAACAUUCCGUAUGCGGACGAGUCGCCGGAGCGGUUGUUCCAUCAGUUCUGCAAUCCUCUGGACGCGGCACCGCUCUCCCUGCACCUCAGUCGCUCCUGCACGGCCACCAAUACGAUUGGCGCUGGCGAUGAGAAGUCCUCAGCAAAGCAUGCAGCGGUGGGCGUGGCACCGCUGCCACAGAGCCUGCUCAAGGCGGCCCAUAAGUUGCAGCACUCGGCCACGGUGCCCAUACAUCAGGGCAGUUCGACGGCGCCCACCAGCGGUUCAGUUACGCCCGUUGGCACGCCCACUGGCAGUAGUGGCGGCGGUGGAUCAGGGGCUGGGGCCGGGGCAGGUGCCAUUCCAGGUGCGCGCAGCUCGUCGAGCAGUGUGACAACGCUGACCAAGAGCAUACAUCCCAGGUUCAGUAACUAUCUGAGUUACGAGAGGAGCAAUGCGGUCACCGCUGCUGCUGCUGCUGCUGGUGGUGCUGCUGCUGGUGGUGGUGGUGGUGGAGCAGAAAGGGCAGUGGGAACCGGCGGAGGAGGAGCUGCCUCCGAGGAUGAUUCCGAGGGCUCGACCACCAGUGAUCCCAAGGAGAAGCUGCUGCUCGGCGAACGACCAUCGCCAUCGUUUUUUCUCGAGCGCUACAACAAGAAGAGACGCGAUCAUCGCUUAUUUCGGAGUGCCAGUUUCAAUUGCCGGAACUACUCCACCAGGCACAUGACCGCAGGAGCGGGAUCAGCGGGAGCGGGAGCGGGUGCAGCAGGAUCAGGAGCAGCAGGAUCGGGAUUAUCAAGCGGAGUAACUGGAGCGGCAGUGGCAGUGGGCGUGGCCUGCUGCCAGGCAUUGAGCGCCACCGGUUUGACCAAGGACGAGAAGACUGACAUGAAUCUGACCAAGAAGCGCCAGAUCCAGAACAAGCAGAAUCGUUCGAUCAAGCGACGGCACACGGUGGGCGGACCACACGAUUAUUCCGCCAGUAAUGGCGUCAGCUGCUCGAAUCAUGGCCACAGCCACAGCCACAGCCAUGGUCACGGUCACGAUCUGGCGGCCAUAAACUACAAUCACCACAAUCGCCAUCAUCAGCAGCAGCUGCUGAAGCUGGGCAGCGCCACGUCCGGCGCCGGAGGCAGUGGAGCGGCGGCGGCCGAGACGACAACCACCACAACGACCACGACCACGGUGUUGCGACGCCUGGGAGCAACCGGUCCGUCGGUGGGAGCCGAAUCGAGUGUCGCAUUGCCCGGUUCCAGUUCGGGAUCGAGUAGCAAUAACAACAACAAUAACUCACCGCAAAGCGAUGGCAGCAAUGGCAACGGCGGCGGUGCUGCAGCACCAGGAGUGCCAUCCAGUGCACCACCAUCAGCUGGAGGAGGAGGAGGAGGAGGAGGCGGAGGAGGAUUAGUGGGUGGUGGCAGCAAUAGCAACAGUAGCAGUAAUAGCAGCAACAGCAGCAGCACCACUACCACACCCGCUGGCAACGGAGAACAGGUCCUGGAAGUGGGCAUACGCAUCAAGAGCAUCAAUCGAGGUCGCUUCUAAACGAAAGCAUGGAUCUCCACAACCAAGAAAAGAACCAAUUUGACCUGGUUCAAGCGUAGUCUGCUAAAGAAAUCAUUUCAAAUGUUUACAACAAUGACAUUUAAAAAAGAAAACCUGAUUUAUAUAUAUCAUAAUGCAAUGAAACCACCCCAAAAUGGCAGUUGCUUAAGCAUUGUUAGCUAAGCACACACUAUAAAAAACCAUAGAUUACAUGAGUACCAACAGGGUUUCAUAUGGAAACAGAAGCAUAAAAUGGAGACAUUUAACAACAGCAGCAGUCUGUUAAACACACAAAUGAUAAAUGAUAAACACACACACACACACAUUUUUAGAGACAAAUGUUGAAAUAAAUGUUAAACCUGAGUAAAGUUGCUAAACAAGAAAUCAAAUCGAAGCCGGAAAAAGUAAUUUUGUAAAGUUUUAUGUGGCUUUAUGCUUUACAAGCGAAUGUCUUUAAACGAAAGUUUAAAGUGUGUAUGGCUAAGCUACUUAAAAUGAAUCAAAAAUUACUUUUUGCAGCCAAGAUUCAGUGAGAAAUAGUCAGCAUAAUCUCUAUUACUAUAUCUAUAUCAAUGUGCAGUUGCAAUGUUGUGUCCGAAUCGGGUCUUAAAACUUAACCAAAAGGAUGUGGGAAAAGAUUUGAUCAGAAAAACGAAUCAGCAGAACAGUUAAAAUACGUAUUAUCACAUAUUCUAUCACAAUAUAUUAUAUAUUCAUAUGCAGAGUCCCAAAAGUUGUGUCGGCAAUAUAUAAAAAAACUGACAGUCGACAUAAAUGUUACACUAAAAACAUUAAAAAAAAAACUAACCGGAUAGUACGGUGCGUUUAUGGAAAACUGAUAACUGAUGACAAUUGGUUGGCAAAGAUCCUAGAUCGAAUUGCAUGAUGCACUGUACAAAAAAAAAGGGUCACAACUCCCAGGGCUAAACAAAUCUUAACAACGCAACGCAGAAAAAACAAUCUUAGAUGAAAACUAUACGAGGGCAGGAAAUAAUUUAUUCGCACACACAAAACACACAAAUUAAAUGGGAAUCAAGUAAAGAUCUGAAUUCAGACAGAUGGAGAGAGAGAUAUAUAGCGAGAAACAGAGAAAGAGAUAUAUAAAAGAACGAGACAGAAAACGGAAGAUAGAGAGAGAGAGAGAGAGAAAACUAUUUUGUAAAACGUAUACAACAAACACUACAGAAAAAUCGCAUAAAUAUAACCACCUAUGUAUAGGAACAAUCGAAAGCGUCGCCUGUCCGGAAAUUCAGAAGAGUCCCUCUGCCAACUAAGUUGUGCUAGGUCCUCGAUAAGGAUCACUUUGCUGAUAAGUUUAAAUGUGUGUGUUUGUUGGUUUUUUUUUUUUCUGUGUACCUAUGUACCUGCUGUAAAAAAAAAAAGGAAAAGUGAAGGAAAAAAGGAGAACCCAUUUUUGGUGCCUUAAAUUGUUUGUUUCAAAUUUUAGAAACCUUUUUUUUUACCCAUACAUUAUUUUUGUUGUAUUUUUCGAUACCCAGAGUUUUUUUUUUAUUUAAUUGGCGGUGCUUUAGGAUAUGCAUGACAUUGGUGCAGCUAUAAAGCUAUAUAAUAGAGAGAUAUAUAUUCCGCACACAAGCUGAUGUCUAGACAGGCGACAUCGGAAGAAGGAUAGCAUGAUCGAAAUGAUGUUUGGAUAUAUGUUUACCAUAUAACGCAUAAGAAACGGCAUAAAUUUACAUUUACAUAUAUGAUAUAAUAUAAUAUAUUUUUGUGUAGUUUGUAUAUGAUUUUAUAUGAUUUAAGUUUGGCAAAAACAAGAACGCGAACGCAUAAAAAAUACAUGCAAAUAUAUAUAUGAAUAAGCAAUUAGAUUGUAGUUGUAUAGUAUUCCUCCCAUUUUUUUUGCUGUAUAUACGAUUUAAUUUUUUUGAUUUCAUUCACAAUUAUGAUUUACACCAUCCCCAAACCUUCCCAAAAAAAAAGAGUAUAUAAAAAAUUAUAUAUAUUUUGUACGCAUUUUGUUUUGUUACCCGAAGGUAGAAAGAAACGAGAAGGCAGGAAAAAAAAGUAUAUAGAAAGAACCCCAAGCGCGUAACGUUGCUAUAUAAAUAUUAUGCUUAACUAAAAACAAUUUUUUGUUAGACUUUAGGUAGUUAUUUUUUAAAAAUUGUAUUUUCUAUUAUACAUGUAUACAUCUAUAUAUAUUUUUUAUUUGUAUUAUGAUUUUUUUUUUUCAAACAAAAAUAAAUGUGGAUUUUCUAUAAUACUAUAAACGACGACACAAUAAAAAAGAAACAACAAAUAUUAAGAAUAAAUUGUACAAGUAUAAACCAGAA